GAUCGGAUCGCAUGCUUACGUCGCCGACGGUCGUUUUUCCUUUUGUUUGUUUAUGUUCCGGUCAGGCGUUCGGUUCAGAAUCAAAUAACGUUUGACUUCCGAUGCAGAUAGAGACAACAGAAAACUCAACGCACGAUCCUAAUUUAUUACUAUUUCUGUCAAUCGAAGGAAACCGCUAAAAUCCACUGACACACCGAAAGAAGGAUAAAUAUGUCAAAUUUUGCUGCACGGGGUGAUAAACUGUUUACAAGAGGAAACCAAGCGCACUCUAAUCAACAGAGAAAACACUUGAGUGACUACCGCUAUUGCUCGGUAAUUAGACUUAAACUCAUCAGGUAAAGCCCCGCCCUCGACCGCGCGAAGUGGAUACGCCGAAAGAAUUAGAAAAAAAAGCCGUUCGCCGCGGCAUCGACGGAGUUGUGUUCGAAUGAGAACCUGUCAACAUAAACAAUGCAUGCGGUGUGAAGCAGUGUGCUAUUUAUCGUCAACCUAACGAAGCAAUCUGUCGGAAUUAAUUUGCGACUGUCAACGAAGAGUGAAAACAUUUGAUUUUUUUUUGUUUCAUUUCGUUUUCUUGUACUGUUUAUCUGUUUAUCUCACAAAUCGAAGUAAUCGUAGUAGGUCGAUUUAUUUUUACUGGUCGAAAAUUACUGAUUUUUCAACGCCGUGAUUCGUCAAUGAUUUGAAAUUUGUUCGAAAUCCAACUGAAUAACGCAUAACGUUGAUCUUUUUUUUUUCGCGAGUGACCGUGCUAAAACGACAGCAACGAAAGUUCGUAACCGAGUGCUACUCUCUGGAAUACUAAUAAUAACAACAACAACAUACGCACACGCGAAACGAAUCGCAGUAGGCGCAGGCGCAUCCCGCCGGUUCCGUUCACCAAAUAUCAGCUGGAACGAAGCGUUCGCACCGGCAUCAACUGUCAGCUCUGGUUUGCACGCCCGGAGUAGAAGGCGAAACCCGACGGUAGUGACGUGGAAGGCGAACGGAAAAUCGGAACCCUUGGUCGACGAAAAAAGCUACGUACGGCAGACAGUUAGCAGUCGGGUGCACAUUAACAGGUCAGUAAAACCCGCCCAAAGCGAUCAACAAUCGAAAGAUUCCGUCAAUAAAACCGAUGACUAUCAGCGAUCGUUCCGGAAUCCAAUACCAGCUGAUUUAUACAUCUUCAAUCAAACUUCGCCUCUCCGCAGUAGGCCAGAAGAGGUUUGAACGAAAACAACAAACGCAUAAAUUAUUCUCCAAUCGCUGCAAAGCUCGGCGUUUGCUCGCAAAGAAAAAAUCGCCACGAUUGUAAUCCAAGCAACCUUGCGGCUCUGACUUGCUAGUGUACAUAACAAAUUCAAAACUCUGACCUUGCUACGACGCGGACAUACUCGAGAGCCAAGCUGUGUCGUGUCGGAAGAGUUUCAACAAUAUUGUGAUUAUUACUAGAAAAUAGUUUCGUGUUUGGAAGCAAAUUAUUUUAUUAUUGAAUGCUGUUAAAACCAACCGUCUCCGAAGGAGAAGAAACGUAAAGUUACAAGUACACUCUUCGAAAUCCUAUCGCGCGAAGGUCGCGAUUAUCGACGAAGAAGAGAAAAAAAUCAAUCUGUGAUUAUUUUUUGUUAAUAUUUAAAUAUCGCUUUUAAUCAACGUGAAAGUUACACGCCGAAUACCCGCCAGCCAUCGAAAAAAAAGUGGUGAUAGCGAACGAGAGGAAAAAAAAGGAAGAGAAACGCUACUAAGUUUAUUACCUGCUGUUAUUAAUAUUUAAAGUUUGGCGAGAAAAGCAAAAACGGGCAAAAUGUUCAACUCCAACCUUAGUCUGACCGUGCCACCCCUGCUGGGCAUCGAUGGUGGGGUGUGCACCACACCCAGAACACCGGAAAUCCUCAACUCACUGAUGGCCAUGACAAACCCACUCGAGUACUCCUACCCAGUUACGGCGGCCGUAAUGAACGGUUCCUCCACUACCUGCAACAACAAUCCCACGUCUCAGGCAUCACACGACAGCCAUUCGAACAGCUCUGACUCGCCCCUGGACUCACCGGCUGGCCCUGGCAGGACUCCGAGCGUACAACAGACCCGCUCGCAACUGAUCAAGGCCGGUGUGAAGCUGCUAAUACAGAGCAAACGCAAGCACAGCGGAUGCGAAUCCAGCGAUGGCAACGAGUCGUCCAGUGGUGGUGGUGGCGGUGGAGGUGGAGGAAGUGAAAGAGGAAAAAGGAGUAAUGGUGGGUCAAGACAGAAAUUGCGCCACGAUACUGACUUGCAGACGAGCGAGGAUGAUGUGGAAAAUCACCGGACCACCAGUGGAUGUUCCUCUACGGGAGGUAAUGGUCGAACGGGCAGUCCUCGUACUGGGCUAACGCCUGAGGAUGAGGAUCGUCGUCGUCGACGUCGGGAACGCAACAAGAUCGCUGCCACCAAGUGCCGGAUGAAGAAACGCGAACGUACCGUCAAUUUGGUCAACGAGUCGGAAACACUGGAUGCACAAAACAAGGAGCUAAAAUCACAGGUUAGCGAACUGGAAAAUCAGCGGCGAAAACUGAUGGAAGUACUUCAAGCUCACAGUCCUACCUGCGUUCAUCAGAAAGGUUACCAACCACUUCCUAGUCUGUCUACCAUUACGAAUAAUAACUGUAAAUUUCUGAAUGAUCUUAACUUCCUGGACAACGCCGGUGAAAUCAAGUACUCUGAAUGUCUCAAAAGCGGAAGUGAACUAGGAGACUAUUCCAAGCAGGAUAACACUUUACCACCUGGCUACUGUAAACUUUCUCCGACUGAAGUUAACUACGGAACGCCAACCGACGUUAUGGAUGUGAACAGCUUCCCCAGCCAACCGCUAAAAUCCGAAUACAUUCCAAACGGUCAGCAACAACGAACUCGCUCCAAACCUGGACCAAAACCGCGACAACGAUCAGGAGCCAGCGUGAAGCGACCAAUAUCGGCAACCAGUACAACGACCACCAUCACGGAAAAUCAUCCUCCCGUGCCGGUCACUCUUCCCAGCGCCGAUUUUAUCCUGAAAAAUGAACUCAUUGACACCAGCAGUCCGUACACUACGAUACAAUCAGCCGAUCGGUUUUUGUUCGAUAGUUCCAUGGAUCUGUACAACAACAACAACAACGAUAGUAACACCCUUGAUAGUCAUCAUGCCAACGAAAAUGACAAACUAACAUCAUUAGCGGUUAAAGACAACGCUUCGAACGCUUUGCUUGAAUUCAGCUCCAACUUCGAUACUGUCAUUCUCAAACCAUCGGAGUAUGCCAUGCUGACGACCAAUCAGCCGCAGGAAAAUCAGCAACUUCAGCAACAACAGCAGCACCACCACCACCACCAACAACAACACCAACAACAGUGCCAUCUACAGCAGAAUCUUGGUUUACUACUACCUCAUCAGCAAACCAUCCAUAAUCCCAACCAAUUCUUGUCCCAUUCAUCUCUGGGCGGUGCAAUCGUUACGAAUGACUUUUUGAUUCUGCCCGAGCACGACACUGGCGAGUUUACCGAUCUGGACAGUGGCAUCACAUCCUAUACCAACAUCAAUGGGAGCUGCCUGGCGUGACCGUCCUCACCGUCAACAUCGCCGUUUCCGCUGUUGAUGCUGUAGUAUUGACGGGGGACAUUUUGGAAUGUUUUUCGCGCUGUUUUAUUUUCGUCUGACGUGUGCAACUCACCCAAGUAGGCCAUACAAUGUAGCCGGUAGUAAUAGUAGGCUUUGCAUUUUACGAACGAUUUUUUUUCACAACCGACUCUCGCAAGUUACCGCGUAUUUUCGUUUUAAUCGUUUUUUAAUUCUAUCGCUCGUUAUGAUUGUAUGUGUGUAUUUGUGUACGUGUGCAUGAGUUUUGAGCUUUUGUUCGCUGCUAGGUCGAAGUGUACCGAAAUUCUUGAAGUAACCGGAAAAGAAACCGUCGUAAUUCAAUUCAGCUUAGCUGGCACGAAUGAUUGAUGGUUCGUCACUUGGUGAUUACUGUCCUUCUGUGCACAGCUCCGAGUCACUACACUGGUCGACAAAAAAAAAUUUUUUUUUUUCAUUUAAGCUAUAAAAACCCAAAAUAUACUUUGAAAUUUUAACUGUCCGCCGACUUUACAGUGCCACUUCAGAACUCGAUUUUCAACUCCUGUUGAACCGAGCAUACAAUUUUACAAUUGAACUUAAGAUUCGGAUUCGGAAGGUGAAUAGAAAAAAAAAUCUUGCGAAUCUUGCCGCCGAAUGCUCAUUCGCCGAAUGAAGCAUUUUGCCGAAUCCGAAAGGUUGACCUUAAAGGUAAGAUGAACAUAGGUAAAGACUGUCCCCGAAAGUAUGGACGCACUUUGAUUUCGCUGUAAAUAAUUCACAAGUGUUAGAACAACAGAAUAUUACGUUUUGGUUGUUUCUGCUUCGAAGAUUCAAACGUUCUUUAGCACGAAGAACAUUUGACUUCGAAGUGCCCACUUUUUUGGUCACAUACCGAACUGAAACCUCCUUCUUUUGCUCGAAUGCCUUCAAUAUACGUUUAUCCAACUGAGGGUUAGCAGGACCUUUUCUUCGACCCGUUUUCGGUUUAUCCUCAAAGGUGUUAUCCUCAACGAACUUCCUGAUUGCAUUUCGCACGGCUUUUUCACUUACUCCUUCCAUUUUUGCUAUCUUUCUCAGUGACAGUCCGCGUUCUCUGCACCAUUUGUCUACAAUUUUUUGACGGUGUUCUGCUGAAAGUCCGCGCAUUUCGAAACAAACUAAUGAAAACGAAUAAACAACUGCACAAGUGGUUAGAGAAGAGUGUAAACAACAGGACGCAGCCAUAACAAUUGACAGAUUCUGAACCAUUGCGAAAUAGCAGCGGUUUUUGGUUGCGUCCAUACUUUCUGGGACAGUCUUUACAUUCGUUUCGAGUUUUCGCGUCGCUAUAACAGCAGUAUUGAACAAUUCGCAAACCAUUUCCUCGGCGGUAUUAGAGCCAAAGUAAAGAUAUUGCAUACGAUUUUAUCACAACUCGUCGUUUGAACAAAACAAUAGAAGGUUUAGGCUGAAAAUUUCCAUUCUGAAGAUCAUAAACUAUUCUAGGAACUAGGCUAAGUCGCUUUACACAAACGGUUUAGAGCCUGCAAAAACCGAAAUAAUAAACCGUGGGCUUGACUGUACAUCAGAAUAAUUAAAAAAAGUCCUCUAGGGUACAGCGCGUAUUGUGCCUCAGAAAGGGAACGAAUUUGCCCUAAGUGCUUGAUUGGUCCCUAAACAGUACUGACAUUUGCUUGAUGUGAUUGAGACACUGCUCAAAGCGACUGACCCUUGUUUUAAUAGUUUAGUUAACUAUAUUUGAAGGUAAAAUCGUACAGGAAUGAUUCCAUGCAUUAAUUCAAACAAUGUAUCUUGACCCUUAUAGGUUGCACUCUAAAUUUAAUUCAUACAAAGGCUCACCAGCAGUUACUUGCUUUGACAGUUUGUUAUGUUUUUUUAAUGUUUUUCUAUUAAACCUGCCAUUAUCUAUUCGUAUAAAUUGAAUUCUUCAACAAUCGUUUCAAGUCAUCUCAAAAUCCAAGAUGGCAAUAUAACGACAUUCUUUAAGCUCCCGUUCAAAAUGGGAACGAGUUUGUUGAUUGAAAAGACACUGUCGAGUCCGUUGACCAGGUAUCGUAGCCAGAGAUUCCUCAUGACCGAUGUUCCGGAAUCCGGCAAGAAUUAAUCCGCGUCGUAGAAGACUUUACAUUAACUCAGAACUGAAAUUUUCCGUUUUAGAUUAGAAGUCACAUUGUUUGUCAGUUUUGUCGAGUGUAAAAAAUCGGUUACCUUUCUGGUUUCACAAGCCAUGCGCAUUUGUAUGAAUGACUAUCUCUCCCACUCUUACGCUCGCUCGAAAUCUGAACUGAAUGUUUGAGGAUGUCUGUUUGGCAGUGUGUGUGUGAGCGUGAUAGUUAAUGGGAAAGAGAAAGAAACGAAAUUUAAAUCGUUUUAAACAAUAAUAUAUAUCUACGUACAUGCUAUAGAAUGUAUGCCAAGCAGCAGGAAAAAAGGUUUCUCUUUACAAAAAAAAAACGGAUGCAUUCCUUAUUCGAUCAUAAGUUAAUAAUCAUGUCUUUUGUUCGUUCUUUUCCAACCGGUCACCAUGCUGCAUACCAACUUCCAAUUCUUUCUCUUUCUCACUAUGUAUUUUAAAAAAAAUCUGCAUAAUGUGAUAUUCACAGCCCACUUCGUUGAUGGACACAGCAAGCCAUGCCAAAAGUUGCGCACACCUCCGAAGUUUGAAUGCGUUCUGUUUGUCCGUCGUUUCUGCCUUCCAUCAAGUUUGUUAUUGAUGUUUUUGUUUAUUUUCGGUGGUUUGUUGUCCAUCAGCGAAUUUUAGGGUGAAGCUAAUACCUAAUAAUUUCGCCGCCAUUUAGUUUUUACCAGUUUUGCGUUCCACGACGUUUCCUUUUCCCUAAUUUAUAUCAACAUCUCGCUGGUUCACCACAAAUAGGCGAAGGAUUGCAAUCAAUCAAAAGUUCUAAACUCUUCCGCCUAAACGGUUUACCAAACUUAUUUAUGAUAACGAUAAUUAUAAGUAAUUUAAAAACGCUUUAUUCGCCUCCCUCCAGGAAAAAAUGGAGGAGCAAAAAUCAGAAAUAAAAAUGUAUAUUAUCAUCUGAUCUAAGAAUAAUAUAUGUUGAAUGAAUGUAUUUUUUAUAAAAAAAAACAGCUUAAUAUAGUUAGGUACAUAAGUAAGAAAAAUAAGAACACUGUUCUCUCGAACGGAAAAGUAAUAUUUGCUAUUACUCUAAAGCUAUUUUACAUCGGAUUGUUUCUAAAAACUGCUGAAGAAUGUACGCACCUAAUCC